CCUCCUGGAAGCUUUAAAUGACCGUACGGAAAGCUAAUACAAUGUCCCUCUCGCCUCUGCCCGCGCCAUUAAACUGAAGAUGAAUCAUGUAUUGACAACCACUAGUCAGAAACACCCCCAGUGCUAUAGCAGUCAGCUCAAGCCCUUUUACCACGGAGCAACAUCGCGUUACACUAGCCCCUCUAGCGGAAAAUGCAAGCGCCUGAUUGUGCAGUCCGUUAAUCCCAGCUCAACAAGUGAUUGGAACGAGCGCGACGUUCGGUCGAACGCGCCACUAUCCACUCGGCUUGCUUAUUGGCUGACCAGGAUGAUAUUCAGCCCAUCCAGCGAAACAUUUUUCUGGUUAUUCGUCUGGCUCUUUUAUAUCUUCACACUAUUAUAUCCAUCCAGAGGCCAUCCGUUCGCCAUCCAUUACAAGCCGUAUUUGAGGCGGUUUGUUGGUCAAUUGUGGGCUGCACGCUCACCACGGGAAUACUCUCUACGAGCACGAGCAGGUGAAGAUGAUGUACACGUCCGACGUAUCACCCACGCCCUCUACCCUCGCAUCCUUAUUGUAUUUGAUGGAAAUACAAGAAGUUGGGAAAGAGUCAACGUUGAGGCAGUAGCGCGGCGAAGACCAUAUGUCGCUGUCACCUACCGCUACGCCGACGUGAUACAAUUCGGAAGGGAGGCAAUCAUAGAGCGGGUGCGGUAUGCUACCUUGGAUCAAGGAUUUGACGCGUACUGGCUAGAUCUCGAGUGCCUACUCGAGGAUAAGAGCCAAGACCUGUUUCGCAUGUCAGAUGUCUACCGACUUGCCUCCUUUACACUCAUUAUACUCACCGACGAGAGCGUGUGGUCUGAUUGGGGCAGCCGGGUUUGGACUCUACCAGAAGCUCUCCUUAGUCGCGAGCUGCGAUACAUGGCUGGAAACAAUGCAGUCACCCCCAUCAGUCUCGUCCAAAUCGCCUCUUUAGCUUACCGUCACCACGAUAAGGAAUCCCAGAUUAUCCACUCUUAUGGCCUCGGGAAGGAUCCGAUUGAGAGGUUGGCGCGCAAUCUCCAACUCAAAGAAGCAAUAUGGCGUCGAGAAAGCUUUUCCUCUCAAACUACGAAUCAGGGCGGAGAUUCUCAAGGGAGAUAUCGUGCAGAAAAGGUCUAUGCGCUCAUGGGAUUUUUCGAGCAUCGCAUUCUCCCGGAUCCUGAGGAGACAGAGUUACAAGCGCUUGCACGCUUGUUUAUGGCGAACGACAACGACCGCAUUGCUGAUCGCAUGAUCUCGAUGUUCCCCAAAGACCGAAGCGCUAUAAAUCAAUGGUACACCAAUGAAGAUGAAUAUGGUGCCAAGCUUUGGGACAUUGAACCUGCUGUACAGGUCAUCGGCAUUACAUCCAAUGGUUCUCUUGUGUUGGAUGGCUGUCGGGUGGCAGCAAUUAGGUGGAAGAAUUUCCCAUCUGUCGCGUUUGCUACGAGGCGCUCUAUCCGACGUCUUCUGGCACUUGCAGCACCAUACGUGGCCUUGUUCUUCUUUAUGAUGAGUUGCACCAUGAUUUCCCUUGGAAAUGAGGAAGCCUCUGCUAGCGCAGAUAUCUAUGGAUCUUCCUCGGGAACCUCGCCUCUAGUUGCAGGCGGCGGCGUCAUACUCGCUUUCUCACUUAUUCUGCUCAUAUUCUCACCGGUCCUCACAUGCUAUGCGCACUCUGGACGCGUCGUCCUUGCUUGUCCAUGGUUAAUUGGAGUCAAAGGAGUCAUUUCUGCCCAGGAAGCCUCCGACCACCUGUAUGGGCAUCAGAUGGGGGAUUCUCGCCGCACCCUUUACACUCCUUCCGGUUCGCCUUUGGCGAAACCGAGAGGAAGCGAUUCCCCGUUUCGUGAGGGCCACGUUUUGCAGUACGAAGCAGCCCUCGCAGCCCCACCAUUCGACCCUAUUGAAGGUCAUAUGUUCACCCUCGUCGAUACCAUCUCGGGCACGAUCUACUAUUUCCGUGCGCAUAGGCCACCCACAGUCUGUCUUUUUACUGGAUCUGAGGGUGGGCAAGGGAGGUUUGUGCUGGCCAGCGAGGAAUGCAGCAGAAGCGAGUUGCGACGUGAAACCGUGCUCCGCAUGCCAACUUUCAUCUCUUCUUACAUGCACACUUGUGAUUGGGUGGCUCUGGGUGGUAAGCCUCAAGACUAGUACAAGCAAUGACUCGGCGCUUGAUCGUUACUCUUUUAUUAACACCCUCAUUUCUGUGGUGCGUUUAUCUUCUCCUUUUCGUAUUUCCUUUGUAUUUAUAUUUUGAUUCUCGUACUAAUACAUAUCGAGUAU